UCGGUGGGAACCGGUUUAGAGGGUCGACUCGGAAGAUGUCUCCAUUUGGGGGCGGCGCGAUGUAAGCUGCGCCUGAGCUGGGAUGAUAUCACUCCGUUUGGAAGUACUCGUACUGCCGGGGUCCACGGUGGAUGGGCUGUAUACAAAUGACUGCCAAACGAAACUGAUCACAAAACAUAUCUGUCUGUCUUCGCGUUGCACCGGUGACGCCAUCAUCGACAGUCUUUCUCUUCUCUGCGUCUCUGCGUUACGUUGUUCCGCGUCACUCCGUCUUCAGCCUUUUCCAUGGCUUUCGACCACGUCCAAUGACCACGUCCGAGGGAUUGGGUGGUUGGGUACAAAACAUCUCCAGAAACUAGGGCCAAUGAUUUGUCAUUUGUACGAGGAGUUAGUGGCUGCCUACCAGCUUAUUCUGGCUGUGCCUCAGAAGAAACCGUACACGAGUGCCGGCAUCAAACCCUGCCAUGGGGGAAAAACAAGAAACAUUUUUGAGCUAGGCAAGACAUAUCAAAGCACAAGAUUCUGGCGGCGGAUUACAUUCCAUAUCCGCUCGGCGACACAAGACAAGAACCCGCUGGAAAACACUCAAACGUUCGGAAACUAUGUAGGUUGAUUAGUAUAAGAAAAAGAAACACACAAUUCGCAAUCAAUCAAAACCGUCAUGGCCUAUCCGGGAAAAAAAAGAAAGAAAGAAAAAAAGGUAUCCCCUCCUUUUCCAGCCAUCACCCAAGGCAAGGAGAUCAAUGCGUAAGAAAGGAAAAAGGGUUAAGAAGCACAGGGGAAAUCGAUGCGGAGAGACUGCACCAAGAAAAUUCGGAACAUCAAGGGUAAAGGACAAAUGAAAACGUCACCAGGGUGGU